GCCAGGGUGCCGGGCCUGGGGCGCUCUGCUUGGCCGCUUGGCAGGCUGGCCUUCCGCGCCGCCGUUAAACCCCCGACAGUUUGGGGCGGGUCAGGAGAAUGGCCUCGGAGAUGGAGUCCUCGCUGGAGGCGAGCUUUUCGUCCAGCGGUGCGGUGUCAGGAGCUUCCGUGUUUCUGCCUCCGGCUCGCUCCCGCAUCUUCAAGAUAAUCGUGAUCGGCGACUCCAAUGUGGGCAAGACAUGCCUGACCUACCGCUUCUGCGCCGGCCGCUUCCCGGACCGUACCGAGGCUACUAUCGGGGUGGAUUUCCGAGAACGAGCGGUGGAGAUUGAUGGGGAGCGCAUCAAGAUCCAGUUAUGGGACACGGCAGGACAAGAACGAUUCAGAAAGAGCAUGGUACAACACUACUACAGAAACGUACAUGCCGUUGUCUUCGUGUAUGAUAUGACCAACAUGGCUAGUUUUCAUAGCCUGCCAUCUUGGAUAGAAGAAUGCAAACAACAUUUGCUAGCCAAUGAUAUACCACGGAUUCUUGUUGGAAAUAAAUGUGACUUGAGAAGUGCCAUUCAAGUACCUACAGACUUGGCACAAAAAUUUGCAGAUACACACAGUAUGCCUUUGUUUGAAACCUCUGCUAAGAACCCCAAUGAUAAUGACCAUGUGGAAGCUAUAUUUAUGACCUUGGCUCAUAAGCUUAAGAGCCACAAACCAUUAAUGCUUAGUCAACCCCCUGAUAAUGGAAUUAUCCUGAAGCCUGAACCAAAGCCUGCAAUGACGUGCUGGUGCUAAAUAACAGUCUUUAUUGUAGUAUCUAAUUUUGACUAAAGAAAUACUGUUGAAGUAUGACAGUGAUAAGUCAUAAGAUUUAAUUUCAAAUGUAAUGGAUCAUCCUGACACUGUACUUUUUAUCAUUGUCAUGCUUACUUUUGUAUUUUGUAUCUACUUAAUCAAGUUUGUCAUUGUGACAACACAAGGGAAAAGUUGGUUGUCAGGAGAGGUUGAAAUGAAGCAAAGGUAGGAUGAAUCAGAACAUCUUUCCAUUGAGAGCCCAGAGGAGGAGGCUUUGAAUGAGAGCGUGAUGGGAUUUUAAGUCAGUGACUGUUCAAUCCUCUGUUCCUGGGAUUGAAAAAAAAUAUUAAGGGUUUAGUACACACUUACUGGUAUGUCCUUUGAAUGGGAAGUAUUCUCGAUAGGCUAAAAGCUGGUAUUUGCCUUUCCCUAGAGUUCUGUCUUUGUAUUAUUAAUGUAUUUAAUUGCAUUAUUAUUGGUACAUUUUAGAGCCAAGACUUAAGUUCCAGUGAGAGGAGAAGACAUAGAAUGGUUUCUGGUAUAAAAGUCAUAAUGAAUGACUUUUCCAACGGUUCUGGAUGCUUGUUCUAAUCAAUAUCAAUCAGGUCUACAAAAGUCAUUGUUAUUUUUAAAAGAGUAAUUGAAUUGUUUUCUUAAUAAAUUCUAUUAAAAUAUGCAAAAAUAAGUCAAAUUUUAAUGUAAAUGAAGUGACAUAAUAAGGUGCUUUGUAUUUUAUUUUGGUAUCUUUAAACAGUGAAAAACUAAUUGGAAGCAUUUGAGGAAUUGUAACUUGGGGGGAAAAUAGGUAAACAUGGUUCCUGGCUACCACGGGACACCUAUUGUUAGCUUUUAGUAGUUUCAAACUGUGUAUCUGGCAUAGUAUCUCUUGCUCUCCCCGACCGACCGCUAACCAAAUUAAUGACUAAAGGCUGAAUUAACAAAUCAACUUCCAUUUGGAUUGUAGCUCCGAGGGCAUCCCUCUAAUUGCUAUGAAUCUACAUAUAUUCCUGUAAUAGUAUUGUGUUACAGUACAUCAAUUUAAAAAAUCUUUAAAUUUGGUGGUCACAACAAGCCAUUCCUCCUCAGUAUGAAAGAUAAAUUAGAUAUUGAAAAAUAUCUUGUCUAUCCCUCGGUGGAGAGAAUAUUUCAGAAAGUUUUUUACCCUAAAUACUUUUAUUUUGAAUUUAAGACUUUGCACAUAGAAAAUAGUGAGCUUGUAUAUGAAGUUAUUACAUGAAUGGAAUGUAAGCCAUGAACUUUAACUGAAGUGUGCACAUUCACUAAUUCUGAUAGAUUCCUGUCCUUGAUAAUUUUAGAGGAAAUUAAGCCAAAAGAUGAUUGUACUUAAAAUAUUUUCAGAAUGUGGGAAACCAAUUACAUAUGUAAUCUAAUCUAGUGUAGAAUUUUUGUUUAAUCAUUUUGGUGGUCAUAACUGGAUAAUUUAAUUAUAAAAACAAGAUAAUUCUGUUAAAUGAACUAACUGAAAGUAAUAAUUAUAGGAAAUAAUGAUUCAGUUUUAAAUAUUAGAGCUUAAGGAAAAACAAGUUGGCUUUAUUUGUGUUUAGGGAAAUUAAUCCAUUUUUCUUAUCAUGUUAGAAUUAAAAAUUGUUUGACUUUAAAUGUUGAUUUGUAACUAUUUUUAUAGUAAAACGACAGCUGUAAUAAUUGUGAUGAGCGUAACAGUUUCUGUAAAGAAGGGAAUCUGUUUAUUACUUUUCAAAACAUUUUCUAAACUGUGGGAAGAAAGUUUACAGACUUUCCAAGCACAUUUAUGGUUUUUCAGUGCUGUUAAUAAUGGUUUCCAAAAAAACAGCAAUUUAACUUUAUUUCUUUUUGUAAGAAGUUAGUAGUAAGUAUCUUUUACAGUUCUGUGAAAGGACUUAUUUUUUCACUUUAAUAUUUAUUAAUUUUAAAAUAUUUGUAUCUCAUUUGUAAUGAUUUAUUGUUUUAAAUUUUUAUAUGUGUGUUUUCAUUUUUAAAAAGAACAUACUUAUCAGUUGAAUGGGGAUAAAGCUUUUAGAUAUUUUCCAAAAUAUAUAUAAAACACUUCAUUGACUGUUGAGAAAUCACUUCGAAAAUGGUGGCUAUCAAGCAACAAAUUGUUAAUUUUUAAAGCACAAGUCACACAUUUUGUAACUCCUGUGUAAAUUUGUUUUAACUGUGACCUUUAAUUAAAAACAUCAGGUAUGUUUUGGAAAAGUCUUAAUUUGAGAACACCAAAGGAAGGUAAUCCAGAAUCUAAGGUAGAUUGCUUUUAAUGACAAUGCUUUAUUGACAGUAUAUUGCUAAUACAUUUCCUCAUGAAAUCUAAACUAAAGUUAAAUAAUUUUGUUGUGGAAUAGCGUCACUGUAACAUUUCCCUUCUAAAGUUCAAUAAACCAGCUUUGCCAU